GAAUCUGGUGAACACUUCACGCAAAAGGGAAAAUUCAUAAUUUCGCCUUUGGAGCUACCUGUAAUCAGUUUCCAUUCAGAUUCGUCUAUUGACUUAUAUGCUUCGGUACCAGGCGCUCCCUCCGCAGUUGGCAGUGCGAACCAGUCCUCCAAUGUUUCUCAGCGGAAUUCAGAACCUGGUAACCCUCAUGCUCCUUCCAGUUGCCCUGAAGAAACGACUGUCUCUUCAGAAACUCAUUUGGCUGCGCCCUUAGAUCAACGUGGCCUCUGUAAAUCAGCUUCUGAACCUGGCCUUACCAACUGGGAGGGUCGGCCGUUAAAGCAGCCAAGACUUUCUAAAGAAGCAAUUGGAUUCGAAUCUUUAUCAGAUGGCGAAAUCGUUGAUGAUGAAGAAUAUAGUAAUAUAAAGGAUUUCAUUGAAGACGGAGAUUUGGUUGAUGAUGAGGACAUGGAUAUUGUCGAUGAUGAAAUGAGUAAUCACAUUAUAUAA